UGUAACCAUGCUAAGUUUGUGUUGAAGAAUCCAUCUGAUAUCCAGCAUAUUUCCGAUUGUGAAGUUGUUGGUGGUGAUUUAGAAAUUUAUGAAUACAAGCACCCCUUGCUUUCACUUGGUAGUAUCGGCACUAUUCUUGGAAGUAUAACUAUAAAGAAAUCACCAGAAUUGGUUAGAAUUGAAGCUCCAAAUCUUAGUUCCAUUCAGAAAUCUUUCAUUUUAAGAGAAUUAACUUCAUUGUCCUUGGUUUCUUUCCCAUCACUCACAUCCGUCAAAGCAUUAGAUUGGAGAGUAUUACCAAUUUUAAGUAACGUUCAUUUCAGUAAUGAAAUAAAAUCUAUUGAAAGUAUUACAGUUUCAGAUACUUCUUUAACUGGCUUUUCGAUUUUUUCAGCUGAUAAGUUAGAAAAUUUGGAUAUUAAUAACAAUAGAUUUCUUGAUUCUAUUACUUGUAAUGUGGAAAUUAUUGAGGGUCUGUUACAUAUAGCUGCAAAUGCUGCUGAUGUGGUGGUUAAAUUACCAAAAUUAAAAUCAGCCUAUAAUAUGAGUAUUCAUGAUGUCUCUCAAAUUGAAUUAAAUGCUUUAGAAGUUGUAGAAGGAUCAGUUAGUAUGGUUAAUAACCGUUUCACUCAUAUUAAGUUACCAAAAUUAAAAUCAGUUGGUGGAACCUUAAGUUUAUUAAAAAAUGAUCACUUAACACACCCUGAAUUUCCAAUUUUAAAUGAAAUUGGAGGAGGAUUGAUGAUAGUUAAUAAUACUAAUAUAGAUAAAAUUAAUUUCUUUCCUAAAUUACAUGUCAUUGGUGGAGCUCUUCAAUUAGUUGGACCAAUUAAAGAUACCAAUCUUAAACAAUUGAAAUUGGUUAAAGGUAGUGCUAAUGUUAAAUCUCUUUCUUCUACGUUUGAUUGUAAUAAAUGGUCAAGAGGAGAGAUAAGUACAGUUAUCAGAGGGGGUAAAAUUGAGUGUAUUAAUUCAAAUAAUGAGAAAAUUGUUUCAAAUACUCCUACUGAG